CGGUUCAGAGAGACAGAGAGAGGCAGGAGCUGCACUGCAUGCUUGCUCUGCUUGUGGAGUGGAGUGGAUAUGGAUGUGUAUAUAAGGCAAAGCCUGUGGCCUUUGGAGCCAUACAAUGAUCAGAAACUGAGAGUGGCAAGCGCCAAGGAGUAGUUAGAGCUCAGUAGGGAUACAGUUUGUGAGUCACUUCUCUGACAUCCACGGGUACCAGUUUACACUAGGUUGAGAGGGAUAGGAGUGAGAAGCACUACUGUCAGAAUGCCCAUGGAGCAAGCAUUCAGGCACUGCGAUAAAGACACGCUGAAGAUGGCCAUGCUGAAACAUGAAGAGACUUUCAGACAGCAAGUUCACGAGCUCCAUCGCCUAUACAGGAUUCAAAAGCUUCUGAUGCGAGACCUCAAACGGGAGCUCAAGAGCCAGAGGAACCUGUCCACCUCGCCGAACGGAAGCUGCACCGAGUACAACAUAGGAGCUCUCGGCAUGUGCACCUAUGAGCACCGCUACGCCGCUCGCGGCCGCGGCGGACACGUCGCAGCAGCGACGCCGACGCCGCGCACCGCUCUCAGCCUCGACGUCGUGGCGCCAGUCAUCGAGUACGUGCGGAGCGCGGAGGAGGAGGACGACGACGAGGCGGAGGAAACCGACGACGACGCGGAGCUGGAGCUCACGCUCGCCGUGGGCGGAGCCGGGGCCAAGAAGAGGUACGGCGAGUACCCGUCCGGUGGGGAGAGCCUCUCGUCGUCGUCCACGGAAUCCGACGUGCUCACCGUCUCCGGCCGUGAGUGGCGCCAGGCGCGCGGCACGCCGUAUCACAAGAGGAGGCCGGCGACCGGGCUGGACGUGGUUCAGGUGGAGGACGGCGUCGGGGUGCAGCCACCGCCGCCGCUGCUGUUCCACUGGCUCAGCCUCAAGAUGGCAUGACGCGAUGAGAGGAAGCAAGAGCACAUUGCAUGUGUUAGUUGCUGCUUGUAGUGUCAGGGUGUUGACUUGCUACUGUUCUUCAGUUGAAUGCUUUCUGUGUGUUCAGGUUUAGAGGUGGAUCAAGUCUAGAAAUCAAUAAUUGACUGGUUGUUCAGGAGAAUAUGUAGGAGAGUCUUCCAACGCAUAAGGAGAAUGUGGGGGCUUUUCAGAUGGAGCUGUGUACUGUGUGUGCUGCCUUUCUGCCUACUGCAAUCUGCAAGUGUUAGCUUCUAACAUUUUCA